CAGCCGGGGGUCCUCGGCAUGUUUGUGUGUCUAGCUCUGCUCCUCGGCGGCUUUGGAUGGAGGCUGGUGUGGAAAGGGUUAAAGUGCUGCGCUCUAUAAACUCAGCUUUAAGAGUCGGCUGGAAGCUCGCAGUUCAGCCCUUAAACACAGACAUUUGACUCAUCCAGACGGGAGGACGAGCUGCUGACCCAAGCUCAGGCUUUACGUUCUGCACAGCAUGAAGGAGCUCCUGUUCACCUGCGCGCUGGUCCUGUGGCUGGCAGCAGCUUCAGCCCGCAGGUUCGAGCACAACGCACGGCUCGCACGAGGAGCUCUACCUGAGCGGCAGCUGAAUGCAGGAUACCUCAGUGGCUUCUGGAGGAGACCGAAGAGGGCACUGAUUCCUGCUGAUGAGCCUGACAACACCCCUGCACCGGGAGAAGGCACCGAACUUCCCACCUGCCUGCUGUGUGUCUGCCUGUCUAAGUCUGUGUACUGUGAGGAGGUCAACAUGGUCACGGUCCCCCCUCUGCCCAAAGAAACUGCAUACCUGUACGCCCGCUUCAACAUGAUCAAGAAGAUCAAGAAAAAUGACUUUGGUGACACCGCGACUCUGAAGAGGAUCGACCUGACGGGGAACCUGAUCUCAGACAUCGAUGACGGAGCCUUCUCUAAGCUCACCCUACUGGAGGAGCUGACUCUGGCCGAGAACAGACUCGUCAAGCUUCCAACACUGCCAACCAAGCUCACCGCCUUCAACGCAAACAACAACUUCCUGAAAACCAAAGGUGUCAAAGCCAACGCCUUCAAGAAACUGUCUAAGUUGGCCACCCUGUACCUGGCUAACAACCAACUGGAAGCUGUUCCUUACAUCCCAGAGACGGUCCGGAUCUUACAUUUACAGAACAACAACAUCACUGACGUGAACAAGGACACCUUCUGCAGGUCCAACGACACCUACUACCUAAGACCGAGUCUCUCCGAGGUCCGUAUGGACGGAAACCCGGUGGUUCUGUCCAAGAACCCCGACAGCUUCACCUGUAUGAAAGUUCUUCCUGUGGGUCAGUACCGCUGAAGAGACACUGACUGUACUGUAGCCCCUUUGUUGCUGACGGAGCAGUGACCCUGCAACAAAGCACUGAGGGGUACUGAGACCUUCUGGACUUUGGAGAGCUGGGCCCACAGCGGGAAUAAAGAUUAUUAAACAGUUUGUUUUCAGUGUCGGGUCCAAACGAAACGGUUCACUGAGGCUUCAGAGGCAGAUCAAUUAAUUCACCACACCCUGGUGUCCUGGAAUGAUCUGACCGUAUACAUCCACAGCUGGAUUUCUGAUAGAAAUUAUGUUUUUGUUGUAAUGUUCUUUAUUUAAAAAGAGAAAACUGCAGCAAACAUUACGAUUUAUUCUGUUACAACUUAAACAAAUAAAAAACACCCAAGAAGGACCCUAACUUUAUAGAAGUUUGAGUAAAUAUUCCUUAUUUCAGUUUUGAUUUUUGCCUUCAAACAAACGUUUUGGCUUCAUUUCUUAAAGACAAUCUCUGAAGCAUGCUGGGGUUUAGGAGUCAAAAAGGACUUUUCUACAAGUUUAAUAAAGAAAGUUUCAGCUCCGGGUUUAAGUGAUGUAAGUCUUGCAGAAGGAAAACUUGAUAUAUGCAUGUUGAUCUGUAGUCUUCUUUUCUUCAGCUAAAUGUUGUGAAGCGUAAACGGUUUAAAUGUUUCCUGUGUGUCAGAGACGUCUCAGUGUUUAAAUGAGCUUUAAUUAUAAAAUAUAAAUGUUGGACAAGUCUGUAUGGACAUGCAGACAACGGUCAUAUAGGGAUUUGUUUUUUUAAUUUAUAGACUCCAGUAAAGUUGGACUGGAUGCAUUUAUGAUCUUCAGUAAUGUGAAAGUUACUCUUUGUUAAAUGUUUGCCUCCUUUGUAAUUCAGUAAAAUCACUUCAGAGGUUUUAUUUGAUGUGAAUAAGCAGCAAUGUGCAGAAAGGUGUAACAUUAUAAUUAAGGAUAUUUUAAUAAACUGUUUUUAAUUAAAA